AUGCGCUUCUACGCCUCAUUUUCUCUAGCCUUUGGGCUUGUGGCUGCCAGCCCAUGCAAGCCGGUGACUUCAGAUAGUUUCAACUGCUGUUUUUGCCACCUUCUCUUCCUCUGCAACCGAGAUCUCCACACGUUCGCUGAGUCCGCGACUUCUACAGUCGAGACUCUCGCUACUGAAACUCCAACUGGGAUUGAGUCUGAGACAACGACUGCGAUCGACACUACCGUUACUGAAGCCUCCACUCUUGUCGGCUCUACCGGCGUUGAAACUACCGAUGUCACUAUCUCGGCUUCUGAGACGUCGUCUCAGGCAACCUCUGACACGACGCUAUUCACAUCAGUGACUUCUGCUGACACGACCACCGCCGUUUCAACCGAUACAACAGCUGCUGAGACGUCUACAGCUACGACUACCAAAGCCGAGCCUUCUACUACAGCCGUGACAACUACUACCACCUCUGAAGAACCUGCUCCCACUGACCAUCUCCUCAUCGCCGGCCCAUGGCUCGCCCAAGGCCUCCCUCUGAAGUCGACGAAGACAAAUGGCGACUACCUCAGUUUCGGUAGAAGCUCAUCAACAUGGACAGUCGGCCGCUUCGUCGUCGAUGACACCACCGGAUACCUCACCCGGGACGGCAUUCCCAUCUGCGCAAAGUAUGUUUACAUGGAUCGAAGCGCGGCCUUGACUCCUUGCUCAGCCGAGUACUACCAGUACGGCACGGCUCGUCUUGUCUGUACUCGAAACCCUGCGGCUGGUACUGCUCUUCAGUGCUCUGCCGUCAAGUUGGACUGUGUGGCGAGUGGACCAGGUGAUAGACAGACUUGUAUUGUUUCGACUGAGACCGGUUGGACCAAGUUCUUUAUCAGUACCGGCUCUGACUAUAGCGUGUUCCUCGGUGCCGACGACUUGGCAGUGUCGUACCGAAAGCCUGUCGACAUUUUCGUUGAUCGAGCCCCCACUCCCGCUGCUCCAACGGCACCUUAG